UGGUGAUUCUUAUAAACUGGCCAAGAUGAAUAUGGUGAAGAGGAUUAUGGGCCGGCCUCGCCAGGAAGAGUGCAGCCCACAGGACAAUGCUUUAGGACUGAUGCACCUUCGGCGCCUCUUUACUGAACUCUGCCAUCCUCCUCGGCAUAUGACUCAGAAAGAACAAGAAGAAAAACUUUAUAUGAUGUUACCUGUGUUUAAUAGGGUUUUUGGAAAUGCUCCACCAAAUACAAUGACAGAAAAAUUCUCUGAUCUUCUACAGUUUACAACCCAAGUUUCACGUCUAAUGGUGACUGAAAUUCGAAGGCGAGCAUCAAAUAAAUCCACAGAGGCGGCAAGUCGUGCCAUAGUCCAGUUCCUGGAAAUCAACCAGAGCGAAGAAGCCAGCAGAGGUUGGAUGCUUCUGACGACCAUUAAUUUGUUAGCAUCCUCUGGGCAGAAAACUGUAGACUGCAUGACCACUAUGUCAGUGCCUUCCACACUGGUUAAAUGUCUCUAUCUAUUUUUUGACCUCCCGCAUGUGCCUGAGGUAGUUGGAGGUGCACAGAACGAGCUACCUCUGGCCGAGCGCCGAGGACUUCUCCAGAAAGUCUUUGUCCAGAUAUUGGUGAAACUCUGCAGUUUUGUGUCCCCAGCAGAAGAGCUGGCUCAGAAAGAUGAUCUCCAGCUUUUAUUCAGUGCAAUAACCUCCUGGUGCCCUCCCUAUAACUUGCCUUGGAGGAAGAGUGCAGGGGAAGUUCUCAUGACCAUAUCACGUCAUGGGCUUAGCGUCAAUGUAGUAAAGUAUAUUCAUGAAAAAGAAUGUUUGUCAACAUGUGUCCAGAAUAUGCAGCAGUCAGAUGAUCUUUCUCCCCUAGAGAUCGUUGAAAUGUUUGCUGGGCUUUCUUGCUUUCUCAAAGACUCCAGUGAUGUUUCUCAAACACUACUUGAUGACUUUAGGAUAUGGCAAGGAUAUAACUUUCUCUGUGAUCUCUUGCUCAGAUUGGAACAAGCAAAAGAGGCAGAAUCCAAGGAUGCUUUGAAAGAUCUAGUUAAUUUGAUCACUUCUCUAACAACAUAUGGUGUCAGUGAACUAAAACCAGCUGGUAUUACCACAGGGGCACCAUUUUUAUUGCCUGGAUUUGCAGUUCCCCAGCCUGCAGGAAAAGGUCACAGUGUGAGAAACGUGCAAGCAUUUGCUGUCCUCCAGAAUGCGUUUUUAAAAGCGAAAACCAGCUAUCUCCCCCAGAUCGUCCUUGAUGCCAUCACCAAUAUCUACAUAGCCGACAAUGCAAACUAUUUCAUCUUGGAGUCGCAGCACACGCUGUCCCAGUUUGCAGAGAAGAUUUCUAAGCUUCCAGAAGUGCAGACCAAAUACUUUGAGAUGCUAGAGUUUGUUGUUUUCAGUUUGAAUUAUAUCCCUUGUAAGGAGCUGAUCAGCGUCAGCAUUCUCCUAAAAUCCAGCUCUUCUUACCAAUGCAGCAUCAUUGCCACGAGCACUCUUCUUAAGUUCACUCGACAUGACUACAUAUUCAAGGAUGUGUUCAGGGAGGUGGGCCUUCUGGAGGUGAUGGUAAACCUCUUGCAUAAAUACGCUGCCUUCUUGAAAGAUCCGCAGACUCUGACUGAGCAAGGGGAUUCAAAAACCAAUAGCUCUGUGGAUGACCAGAAGCAACUUGCUUUGCUGGUCAUGGAGACUUUGACAGUUCUACUCCAAGGAUCAAACACAAACGCAGGGAUCUUCCGGGAAUUUGGAGGUGCGAGGUGUGCCCACAAUAUUGUCAAGUAUCCUCAGUGUAGACAGCAUGCCCUGAUGAUCAUCCAGCAAUUGGUGCUCUCUCCUAGUGGGGACGAUGAUAUGGGUACUCUCUUAGGGUUGAUGCAUUCAGCGCCACCCACAGAAUUACAACUGAAAACUGACAUUUUAAGGGCUCUCCUUUCAGUCCUACGAGAGAGUCAUCGCACAAGGACAGUUUUUAGGAAAGUUGGAGGAUUUGUCUACAUUACGUCUUUGCUUGUCGCCAUGGAAAGAUCUUUGAGCUGUCCGCCCAAGAAUGGCUGGGAGAAAGUGAAUCAGAAUCAAGUCUUUGAACUUCUCCACACUGUUUUCUGCACAUUGACUGCAGCAAUGCGUUACGAGCCGGCUAACUCUCAUUUCUUCAAAACAGAGAUCCAGUAUGAGAAACUGGCAGAUGCUGUCCGAUUUCUUGGUUGCUUUUCAGACCUAAGGAAGAUAAGCCCCUUAAAUGUUUUCCCCUCAAAUACCCAGCCAUUUCAGCGACUCUUGGAAGAUGACUUAACAUCUGUAGACUCUGUCUCACCCACAUUACAGCACUGCAGUAAACUCUUUAUUUACCUCUACAAAGUAGCCACAGAUUCCUUUGACAGUCAUGCAGAACAGAUCCCUCCUUGCCUGACAAAUGAGUCUUCUCUCCCCUCUCCUUGGGGUACGCCAGCUGUGUCCAGGAAAAGGCAUGGAUAUCAUUCUGUUUCAACAUCCUCUGGGUACCCUUCCAAAAACGCUGCUGAUGUGAAACAACAGCCAGCAGUGUCAUCUCUCCAGAGUUCUGAUGCUGUUGUCAUCCAUCCUGGAGCCAUGCUUGCCAUGCUGGACCUCUUAUCCUCUGUUGGCUCAACAUCGCAGCCAGAACAUGCUCUGGACCUUCAGCUUGCCGUGGCAAAUAUCCUGCAAUCCCUGGUGCACACAGAAAGAAACCAACAAGUGAUGUGUGAAGCAGGGCUGCACGCACGCCUCUUACAAAGAUGCAGUGCUGCGCUGGCUGAUGAAGACCACUCCCUGCACCCGCCCCUCCAGAGAAUGUUUGAAAGGCUUGCUUCUCAGGCACUGGAGCCCAUUGUGCUGAGGGAAUUUUUACGUUUGGCAAAUCCUUUAAAUUGUGGUGCCUGGGAUAAAAAACUUUUAAAACAGUAUCGCAUCCAUAAACCCAGUUCAUUAAGUUAUGAACCAGAGAUGAGAGGUAGUAUGGUAACAUCUGUUGAAGGAUUGGGUUCUGAUAAUGUAUUUAGUUUACAUGAAGAUAACCACUAUCGGAUAAGCAAGAGUUUGGUAAAAUCUGCAGAAGGAAGCACCGUACCCUUGACUAGGGUAAAGUGUUUAGUCUCAAUGACAACCCCACAUGAUAUCAGGCUGCAUGGAUCAUCAGUUACUCCUGCUUUUGUUGAAUUUGACACAUCACUUGAAGGAUUUGGUUGCCUGUUCCUGCCCAGUUUGGCACCUCAUAAUGCACCUACAAAUAAUGCUGCUACAACAGGUCUCGCUGAUGGUACUGUAAUCAGUGGAAUUGGAACUGGUGAAAGAUUCUUCCCUCCUCCAUCUGGAUUAAGUUACUCAAGCUGGUUUUGUAUUGAACAUUUUAGUUCACCUCCAAAUAACCACCCAGUCAGACUUUUGACACUUGUGCGGCGAGCAAAUUCUUCUGAGCAACAUUAUGUGUGCCUUGCCAUAGUACUGUCAGCAAAAGACCGGUCCCUAAUUGUUUCUACUAAAGAGGAACUACUCCAGAAUUAUAUUGAUGACUUCAGUGAAGAAUCCUCAUUUUAUGAAAUUCUUCCUUGCUGCGCUCGCUUUCGCUGUGGAGACCUCAUAGUUGAGGGACAGUGGCAUCAUCUUGUCCUAGUAAUGAGUAAAGGCAUGUUGAAAAACAGUACUGCUGCCCUCUAUCUUGAUGGACAGCUUGUCAAUACAGUGAAGCUUCAUUAUGUUCACAGUACUCCAGGGGGUUCAGGUUCUGCAAAUCCACCUGUGGUCAGCACAGUGUAUGCCUAUAUUGGCACACCACCUGCUCAACGCCAGCUUGCUUCAUUAGUAUGGCGCCUGGGACCCACACAUUUCUUAGAAGAAGUUUUGCCUAUUUCAAGUGUUAAUAUCAUUUAUGAACUAGGACCAAACUAUGUUGGAAGCUUUCAGGCUGUACAUGUCCCAUGUAAAGAUUCCAAAUCUGAGAGCGGCAUCCCGUCCCCUGUGUCAUUGGUACCGGAAGAAAAAGUGUCAUUCGGUCUCUAUGCUGUCUCAGCGUCUUCUCUCACAGUGGCAAGAAUAAGGAAAGUUUACAACAAGUUAGAUAGUAAAGCCAUUGCCAAGCAGUUCAUUGAGUUAAGGAAAAUUAUAUUAACUAUUGAUUGUGAAGUGGAGGCAGCAGAUGGUGGUGUUAUGGGAUAUCCUCAGUCGAACUCCUUUAGCCAUUUCUCCCAUGAGAAUGCCACCCCUGUGAAGUUGUUACAUAACUCAGCCGGACAUCUGAACGGGCCGGCACGCACUGUUGGUGCUGCACUCAUUGGCUACUUAGGAAUAAGAACAUUUGUACCUAAGCCUGUUGCCACGACUUUACAGUACAUUGGUGGAGCUGCUGCCAUUCUGGGGUUAGUGGCCAUGGCAUCCGAUGUGGAAGGGUUGUAUGCUGCUGUAAAGGCCCUGGUUUGUGUAGUAAAAAGCAACCCACUAGCCAGCAAAGAAAUGGAAAGAAUCAAGGGUUAUCAGUUGUUGGCAAUGCUGCUGAAAAAGAAACGGUCACUUCUUAAUAGCCACAUUCUCCAUCUGACUUUCUCUUUGGUGGGAACUGUUGAUAGUGGACACGAGACAUCCAUCAUUCCAAACUCAACUGCCUUCCAGGAUUUGCUUUGUGAUUUUGAAGUCUGGCUUCAUGCACCAUAUGAGUUACAUCUUUCUUUAUUUGAACACUUCAUUGAACUACUCACAGAGUCCAGUGAAGCCUCAAAGAAUGCUAAAUUAAUGAGGGAAUUUCAAUUAAUCCCAAAGCUGCUACUUACACUUCGAGAUAUGUCUUUGUCCCAACCCACGAUUGUUGCUAUUAGUAACGUGCUGAGCUACUUACUCCAAGGCUUCCCCAGCAGCAAUGACUUACUCAGGUUUGGCCAGUUCAUUGCUUCCACUUUGCCAACAUUUGCUGUCUGUGAGAAAUUUGUAGUCAUGGAAAUAAACAAUGAAGAAAAGCUAGACACAGGAACUGAGGAAGAUUUUGGAGGUCUUGUGUCUGCUAAUGUGAUACUUUUGAGAAAUAGACUUUUAGAUAUUCUUCUCAAACUAGUCUACUCAUCAAAGGAAAAGACAAGCAUUAACAUACAAGCUUGUGAAGACCUAGUCAGGACACUGGGCUUUGACUGGCUCCUGAUGUUUACUGAGGAACAUUUGCACUCGACUACAGUGACUGCAGCCAUGAGGAUUCUGGUUGUCUUGUUGAGUAACCAGUCUGUUCUCAUCAAAUUUAAAGAAGGACUCAGUGGCGGGGGCUGGCUUGAGCAGACGGAUUCUGUCUUGACCAAUAAAAUUGGCACUGUUCUAGGAUUCAACGUGGGCAGAAGUGCUGGCGGCCGAUCAGCCAUCAGGGAGAUUAACCGGGAUGCUUGUCAUUUUCCUGGUUUUCCAGUUCUUCAGUCAUUUCUCCCUAAGCACACUAAUGUCCCUGCCCUUUAUUUCCUCCUCAUGGCCCUCUUUCUGCAGCAGCCAGUCACUGAGCUGCCCGAAAACCUGCAGGUCAGUGUACCUGUCAUCAGCAGCCGAUGUAAUCAGGGUUGCCAGUUUGAUUUGGAUUCCAUAUGGACAUUUAUCUUUGGAGUUCCUGCCUCCAGUGGAACCGUGGUCUCUUCAAUCCAUAAUGUUUGCACAGAAGCUGCUUUUUUGUUGCUGGGAAUGCUUCGCAGCAUGCUAAAUUCACCUUGGCAAUCAGAAGAAGAAGGAUCUUGGCUCAGAGAAUAUCCUGUUACCUUGAUGCAGUUUUUUAGAUACUUAUAUCACAAUGUUCCAGACCUCAGUUCAAUGUGGAUGAGCCCAGAGUUUCUAUGUGCAUUAGCAGCUACUGUCUUCCCCUUCAACAUCAGACCCUACUCUGAGAUGGUCACUGAUCUUGAUGAUGAAGUUGGGUCUCCAGCAGAAGAGUUCAAAGCCUUUGCAGUUGACACGGGAAUGAACAGAAGCCAAUCUGAGUACUGUAAUGUCGGCUCCAAAACCUACUUGACCAACCACCCAGCAAAAAAGUUUGUUUUUGAUUUCAUGCGAGUCUUGAUUAUAGACAAUCUCUGUCUCACACCUGCCAGCAAGCAGACUCCACUGAUUGACCUGCUGUUGGAGGCUUCUCCUGAAAGGUCUACAAGAACUCAGCAAAAAGAAUUUCAGACUUAUGUUUUAGAUAGUGUCAUGGACCACUUGCUUGCAGCUGAUGUUUUAUUGGGAGAAGAUGCAUCUCUGCCCAUCACCAGUGGAGGAAGUUACCAAGUACUAGUGAACAAUGUAUUUUAUUUCACCCAGCGUGUGGUAGACAAGCUUUGGCAGGGAAUGUUCAAUAAGGAAUCUAAACUUCUUAUCGAUUUUAUUAUUCAACUAAUUGCACAGUCCAAACGAAGAUCGCAAGGGUUGUCACUGGAUGCCGUUUACCACUGCCUAAAUAGGACCAUCUUGUACCAGUUUUCGAGGGCACACAAAACAGUCCCACAGCAAGUUGCUCUCCUCGAUUCUCUUAGGGUCCUUACUGUGAACAGAAACUUAAUCCUAGGACCAGGAAACCACGAUCAAGAGUUCAUUAGCUGUCUGGCUCAUUGCUUGAUUAAUCUGCAUGUCGGAAGCCACGUGGAUGGGUUUGGACUGGAAGCAGAGGCCCGCAUGACGACCUGGCACAUCAUGAUCCCCUCUGACAUAGACCCGGACGGCAGCUGCAGUCAAGAUGUUAGUGAAGGUCGUCAGCUUCUCAUAAAAGCGGUCAACAGAGUCUGGACCGAAUUGAUACACAGUAAGAAACAAGCUCUGGAAGAACUUUUCAAGGUGACCCUGCCUGUCAAUGACCGGGGCCUGGUGGACAUCGCUGCGGCAAGGCCACUGAUUGAGGAAGCGGGUCUAAAGUGCUGGCAGAACCACUUGGCCCAUGAAAAGAAAUGCAUCAGUCGAGGAGAAGCUCUCGUGCCAAGCACACAGUCCAAACUGUCUCGAGUCAGCAGUGGUUUUGGCCUCUCAAAGUUGACAGGAUCCAGAAGGAAUCGGAAAGAGAGUGGCCUCAGCAAACACAACCUGUCCACACAGGAGAUUUCCCAGUGGAUGUUCACUCAUAUUGCUGUUGUCCGGGACUUGGUAGACACACAGUAUAAAGAAUAUCAGGAGCGUCAGCAAAAUGCCCUGAAAUACGUGACAGAAGAGUGGGGCCAAAUCGAGUAUGAGCUGCUGCGGGAAAGAGGUUUGUGGGGUCCUCCCAUCGGUUCUCAUCUGGACAAGUGGAUGCUGGAGAUGACAGAAGGGCCUUGCAGAAUGAGGAAAAAAAUGGUCCGGAAUGACAUGUUUUACAACCACUACCCUUAUGUGCCAGAAAUUGAACAAGAGACAAAUGUGUUGUCUGCCACCCCAAGUAAGCAGCUUGACCCUCCUGAUGAUACCAUUCCUCAAAAGAAGCCUGCUCGUUAUCGGAGGGCAGUCAGCUAUGACAGCAAGGAGUACUACAUGCGACUGGCCUCAGGAAAUCCAGCCUUUGUCCAGGAUGCCAUUGUAGAAAGUUCCGAAGGCGAGUCUGCACAGCAGGAGCCAGAACACGGAGAGGACACCAUCGCCAAAGUUAAAGGUUUGGUUAAGCCUCCUUUGAAAAGAUCUCGUUCUGCCCCUGACGGGGGAGACGAAGAAAACCAAGAGCAGCUACAGGACCAGGUAGCUGAGGGCAGCGCCAUAGAAGAAGAGGAGAAAACAGAUAAUGCAACGUUGCUUCGCCUGCUGGAAGAGGGGGAGAAGAUUCAGCACAUGUAUCGCUGUGCUCGAGUCCAAGGCCUGGAUACCAGUGAAGGCCUCCUUCUUUUUGGUAAAGAGCAUUUCUACGUGAUUGAUGGGUUUACAAUGACAGCGACCAGGGAGAUUCGGGAUAUUGAGACCCUGCCUCCAAACAUGCAUGAGCCAAUUAUUCCAAGAGGAGCGAGACAAGGUCCCAGUCAGCUCAGAAGGUCCUGCAGCAUUUUUGCAUAUGAGGAUAUCAAGGAAGUUCAUAAAAGGAGGUACCUGUUGCAGCCUAUUGCUGUGGAAGUUUUCUCAGGAGAUGGACGGAAUUAUCUUCUUGCUUUUCAGAAAGGAGUUAGAAACAAAGUCUACCAGAGAUUUUUGGCUGUGGUGCCGUCUUUGACAGACAGUUCAGAAUCUGUGUCUGGGCAGCGACCAAACACUAGCGUGGAACAAGGGUCUGGGCUGCUUAGCACUUUAGUAGGCGAGAAGUCUGUAACACAGAGAUGGGAGAGAGGGGAAAUCAGCAAUUUCCAGUACCUGAUGCACUUGAACACCUUGGCUGGCAGAUCUUACAAUGAUCUCAUGCAGUACCCGGUCUUCCCCUGGGUCCUAGCAGACUAUGACUCCCAGGAAGUUGAUCUCACUAAUCCCAAGACAUUCAGAAACCUAGCCAAGCCUAUGGGAGCACAGACAGAUGAAAGAUUAACUCAGUACAAGAAGCGUUAUAGAGACUGGGAAGAUCCUAAUGGAGAAACUCCGGCCUAUCAUUAUGGCACCCACUACUCCUCUGCAAUGAUCGUAGCCUCAUACCUUGUGAGGAUGGAGCCUUUUACUCAGAUCUUCCUGAGACUCCAGGGUGGCCACUUUGACCUGGCUGACCGAAUGUUUCACAGUGUGCGAGAAGCCUGGUACUCUGCUUCAAAGCACAACAUGGCGGACGUGAAAGAACUCAUCCCGGAAUUCUUUUACCUCCCAGAGUUCCUUCUCAACUCGAACAACUUUGAUCUAGGUUGCAAACAGAAUGGCACCAAGCUUGGAAAUGUGAUACUUCCACCGUGGGCAAAAGGCGACCCUCGAGAAUUCAUCCGAGUCCAUCGAGAGGCUUUGGAAUGUGAUUAUGUGAGUGCCCACUUGCACGAAUGGAUUGACUUAAUCUUUGGCUAUAAACAGCAAGGCCCUGCUGCGGUAGAAGCUGUCAAUGUCUUCCAUCACCUCUUUUAUGAGGGUCAAGUUGAUAUCUACAACAUAAAUGACCCAUUAAAAGAGACAGCUACCAUAGGAUUCAUUAAUAACUUUGGACAGAUACCAAAACAGCUCUUUAAAAAGCCUCAUCCUCCAAAACGAGUGAGAAGUCGUCUCAAUGGAGACAAUUCGGGGGUCUCUGUCCUGCCGGGGUCUACGAGUGACAAGAUCUUUUUUCAUCAUUUAGACAACUUGCGGCCUUCCCUUGCGCCCGUCAAAGAACUGAAAGAGCCCGUGGGACAAAUCGUGUGCACUGAUAAAGGCAUUCUGGCUGUGGAGCAGAAUAAAGUUCUCAUUCCACCUGCCUGGAACAAAACUUUUGCUUGGGGCUAUGCAGAUCUCAGCUGCAGACUGGGAACCUAUGAGUCAGACAAGGCAGUAACUGUUUAUGAAUGUCUGUCAGAAUGGGGACAGAUUCUCUGUGCGAUCUGCCCAAGCCCCAAGCUGGUCAUCACAGGAGGGACGAGCACUGUUGUGUGUGUGUGGGAGAUGGGGACCUCCAAAGAGAAAGCCAAAACACUCACACUCAAACAGGCAUUGCUGGGUCACACAGAUACUGUUACCUGUUCUACAGCCUCAUUAGCCUAUCAUAUAAUCGUCAGUGGGUCACGUGAUCGAACCUGCAUCAUCUGGGAUUUGAACAAACUGUCAUUUUUAACUCAGCUGAGAGGUCACCGCGCGCCUGUUUCAGCUCUUUGUAUCAAUGAAUUAACAGGGGACAUAGUAUCUUGUGCUGGCACAUAUAUCCAUGUUUGGAGUAUUAAUGGGAACCCUGUUGUGAGUGUUAACACGUUCACUGGCCGAAGUCAGCAGAUAAUGUGUUGCUGCAUGUCAGAGAUGAAUGAAUGGGACACACAAAAUGUCAUUGUAACGGGACAUUCAGACGGCGUGGUCCGGUUUUGGAGGAUGGAGUUUUUGCAAGUUCCUGAAACACCAGCUCCCGAGCCCAUUGAAGACCUGGAAAUGCAGGAAGACUGUCCAGAAGCACAAAUAGGGCAAGAAGGCCAAGAUGAGGACAGCAGUGACUCGGAAGCUGAGGAGCAGAGCGUUGUCCAAGACCCCAGAGAGCCUGCCAGUCAGCCAGGCAGUGUGAGCCACCGGCCAAGGGCACCAUCUUGUCGAGCAGCAGCGGCAUGGUCGGCUGACAGUGGCUCGGAUGACUCCAGGCGCUGGUCAGACCAGCUCAGUUUGGAUGAGAAGGAUGGCUUCAUUUUUGUCAACUAUUCAGAAGGACAGACCAGAGUCCAUCUUCAGGGUCCUCUUAACCACCCCCACCCAUAUCCUGUUGAUGUGCGGCAUUAUAACAACCUUAAACCUGGAUACAGGUGGGAGCGGCAGCUGGUGUUCAGGAGCAAAUUAACUAUGCACACAGCGUUUGAUCGAAAAGAUAACGCUCACCCAGCCGAGAUCACUGCCCUGGGCAUCUCCAAGGAUCACAGUAGGAUCCUCGUUGGUGACAGUCGAGGCCGAGUUUUCAGCUGGUCUGUGAGUGACCAGCCGGGCCGCUCUGCUGCUGACCAUUGGGUGAAAGAUGAAGGAGGAGACAGCUGUUCAGGCUGCUCGGUUCGAUUCUCCCUCACAGAAAGGAGACACCACUGCAGGAACUGUGGCCAGCUCUUCUGCCAGAAGUGCAGCCGAUUUCAGUCUGAAAUCAAACGUUUGAAAAUCUCAUCUCCUGUGCGUGUUUGUCAGAACUGUUAUUACAACCUACAGCACGAGCGGUGCCCAGAAGAUGGGCCCAAAAACUGCUGAGGCUUCACCAGGCCCGCUGGAAACAAAGAACUACUCAACCUCGUUUUGAAAAACAAGAAAAGGCUUUUUAGAAGAUAGUUGUAAAUCUGCCUUCUUUGCAAGCAACUGUGUAUAUUGUAAAUACGUAUAAUGGCCUUUUUAUCUAAAUAUGAACUUAAUUAACAGCCUGUAACAUGGGACUUCAGACUAAACCACUAAUUUAAUGAACUACUUAAGAGUUUAUCCAGCAUCUCUCAUCUAUCAACUUAAUUAUGAAUAUGCUUAAAAAAAAAUCCUCCUCCAAGGCAUUAUCUAUGGGCUUUUUUCUCCUUUCAAAUUCCACCUAUGCAUGUGUGUCUUUUCUUUCAGUUGUCCGCAGCAUCGUCACUUCAGCUAGGCUAGUCACCAAAAUAAUUUGGCCCUUCUCUGUAAGCAGACAGUGUGGGAGAACAUUAUUCUAGUUGUAAGAUAACCAGGAAUCAUCACAAUUUUCUUGGCAUUUUAUACCUGGCUACUUACCACUUCAGUGUUGUUCAUAUGUAAUAAGGUCUCUUUUAUACAUAUAUUAGGGCUGCUGUUUGGGUCAUAGUGUAACUUCUUAGCAUUUAAUAAUCAAUCUGCUGAUUCAUGCAGUGCAGGAACCAGCCCAGACCUCCUUAAACCAAUGGAAAUAUGCUUGCAUGUAACUCAGAGCUAGUGUCUCUUGCAUAGAGUAUAAGCACGCGUCUUUGGUGACUGGCUUAUUUAAAAAAAAAAAAAAAGACUGUACAGAAUUAAAAUAUAACCCUUGAUGUAUAACUGGAUAGUGUCAGGACUACUUGAGGUCAACUCUACCAUUCAAUACCAUCUACCUGAAAACAGUACAAUUUAUACUAUAUCAAUGUCUAUUUUUUGUUUUACUAUGAAUAUAAUUGCAAUAUUUUUAAUAUUCAGUUGUUUAAUUUGCACCAUAAGUAGAACAGAGUAAAUACACCUAUAGGGAUUAAAGCUGGUGAAGGGCCUACAGGUAGAUAAUAGGAAAGAGGCUUUGGUACUGGUAUUUUUUUUAAUGUGUGUUGAGAGAGAAAGAGAGAGAGUAAUCUAGAUUUUAACAUUUUUCAAACACAUAGUAAUUCUAAAAAGGCCUGCUAUUUUUUAAAUAUAGAAGAGUUAAUGGCCUUAAAAUAAGAAGGAAGGGCCUUCGUAAGGAGCAUAUGUUAAUGCGUUACACAAAAGCCAGUUCUGAAUUAAAUUCACAACCCUUCAUCUUGUAGCCCUGGUGAUGGACAUUCAUCAACUUUAAUGCACAUGCAUUAAAUAUUACAUAUUACUCAUUGGUGUGUAAUACUAUUCUUGUUGUACCCAAUGGACUAGAGCCGAGUAAGUAAAGGACAGAUUUGUUCUUCCUCCUGGUGUCAAGGCACUUGAGUACCUUACGCUUAAGGGAAAACUGAAUCUUUUUUUACCUGUGUUUGAAUCUACAGUCCAAUUAUGGCCUCAUAGUCAAUAAAACUUAUUAAAGCAUUUGCAUAUUUAAGAGAAAUUCUCCAGUACUUUCUUGUUUUUAUAAAAGGAUUAAUGGCAUUGAUGAUUUCCCCCUGAAAGAAGUUGUCCUCUGACUCCACAGAGAAAUCAUAUCAUGUGACUGUACCCUUUUCUCAGAAGCAG